AUCUGUUCCGAUUAAGAAACAAAUUCAUCUACAUCUUGGAUGGCCUGGUGGAGACACAUUGGCAAAGCUUUUUUCAGCAUUCAACAGGGACUGCACUUAAUUCAGCAGCAGAGCUGGGUAGAUUACUUAACUGUAGUUACUAAUUCCAAAUGACAUGACAAAAAUUGUAGUUAGUAACAUAAUCCAUUACAAGACACAUUUUAGGUAAUGUAAUCAGACUACUUUUAGAUUACUUUUGACCCAAGUCGUUUAUCACAUUGAUUUAAAUAGGAUAAUCUUGGACCAUAUUGAUAUAAAAAUACAAAGAGUAAGAAAAUUCCUUUCAUUGUAAUUAAGUGCAUUAAACAUUGUAUUAUGUCAAGGUUUCCCAAACUGGGGUUCAUAAAGAAACUGCAGGGUAAAGCUAAUAAUUAAAUUAAAAACAUGUAAAAUUAAAAUAAGUAAUUUAGAAUAACAUCAAUCAAAAUAAAACACUUACUAAAAAAUAAAAAAAUUUAUUUGUUCACCUGCAUAUCAUGUGACCAUUAACCAACAGAGAACCAUGAACAUGCAAAUGUGAUGCUUAAUUAUUAAAAUAUUUAUUUUAAAAUCAGAUAAAUGUAUUAGGUGACAGUUGUUUAGAUGACAAAGUUUGGGAAUGCCUGCAUUACAUGUAUAUAAGAAAUAAUAUAAAUUUGAGCAUUUAUUGUGUUUGAAAGACAAACGCCUUCCAGUGCUUUAGUAGUACAUGGUUAAAUAACCAACUGAGUGAUCAUUCAAAUAAAAAUUCAUGUGUUCAUAGUUGAAGCAACGUUCAAACAACAGGUUUUUAAACCUGAAAUGAUUUUUGUAAAUCCAAAUGCUGUGUAGACAGACACCUGACUAAUGACUGGUCUUUGGGUGAAUGUCCACAAAACUGAAGCCUUUCUGAGUGUAUAUAAGCGGUAGCUAUUUUACAAAGAGAAAUUUAAAAGAUGAAAAAGAGGAAUUAGGGAGAAUCAAUAAAUUAUGUGUGAAUAAUAUGUGAUCAAUAACAAAGUAACUGCUGUCUGAUUACGAGUGUUUUAAAAUGUAAUUUAAUCUAAUUUUUGGAAUCUGAGUACGUAAUCCAGAUUACAUGUAAUCAUUACUACCCAGCUCUGCUCAGCAGUGCUCUUUAUAUCACAGGAGUUAAAUGUAAACCCAACAGAUUGCAUGACAUUAGCGGUGGUUUUACAUGCAGCACAGCCUCUAGGGAGUCAGUGUCCAUCCACAUUAUUUAACUAAUCAGCUCUAAACAAACCUGAAUGGAUUUGCCCUCAGCACACUGAAUAUUUUAAACUGCAUUUUUUUUUUUCUUUGUCAUGUAAAUACUUGUUGGCUACAAUAAGGGCAUGGUCUAUAUAGAAUGCAAAAAAAUACUAUAAAAUAAUUUAUGCAACAUAUUUUAACCCUCAUCAUUUUUCCUAGUCAAAAAUGACUACAAAACAUGUCUUAUAAAUUUCUUGUUAUGCUAUUUUAUUGCAAAAUAUUGCAUAAUGUGAGAAGCAAUUUUUAAAAGGCUGAUCAUUUUUGACAGGGAACACCAAAUUAGGUAAAGGAUUUUCAGCACAGCAUAAGGGUUAUAAGCAUAAUAAGCAUACAUUUGUCAUGCAUUAUUAAAAUAACUAAAUUCACUAUAAAACUAUACUAACAAAAUGCUUCUAUGAGAACUGUGUCAUUAUAGAUAUUCAUAUUGUUUACUGCAUCUUUGAGAUUAUGAUUCUGAUUGAAUUAUGCAAAAAAAAAACAUUUACAUAAUCAAAUAUUCAUAUAUUGUUAGUGUGUGUCAUUAAAUCUAAUGAGCAUGUCUUUACAGCACCAUAUUUUUAUUGAAAUAUUACCACUAGAGGGCCUUGCAUUCACAUUAUACUAUACUGAAUUUAGGAUUGAGUACAGUUUUAUCAGAACAAAUGUAAAAAAAAUUAUUAGGAUAAACCUUUAAAAAAUAUACUACAUCUAAAAGGUUUCUUCUCUCACUUAUAACAGUCUGUAAGUAGGUCUUCUGUAUUUGUACAUGUACAAACAGUGGCUUGCGUUGGCCUGAGAUUCUGCAUUUCAACAGCUGUGUAUGAUUAGAUUCUUACUCUUUGUGUGUCAUAGAACCAUUAAAGUCGAGUGGCGUGUUAAUCAGGACACACAUUGUGCACUUCCUGACAGAAGGAUGUGCAGUGUACCGUCCCAGCCUCUCUGACACAGACAGCUGAUUUGUGAUGACCACGUCAAGUUCACCUUCUUACCUUCAGGAGACUUGCAAACUUAUUUUUGACAGAAGUCAACAGAUGCACCUUAUUUUGAAAGUGAGAACAUUUCUUUCCUCCCGGCUUUGGAUCAAAGCAGGACAGUGUACAUCAGAGCAGUGGGGGACAGAGACGGUGCAACAGAGACUGAAAGAGCGGAUAAAAAGACAGAGGAAGCAGGAGUUGCUGACCAUCUCCAAUGUACCCAUGGCAGACUGCCCUCCCUCUCCCCCCAGAACCGCCCCUCCCACCAUGAAGUCAACUCAGUUUUUUGACAUGUUGGACAAGAUGGAGCAGGUUUCUGAGGUGGAGGAAAUGAGGCCACAAAGAUUAAAGGAUGAUUACAUUCCAUACCCACGGAUAGAGGAGGUGUUACAGCGGGGUGAGCCAUACCCUCAGGUUAUCCUGCCUCAGUUCGGUGGUUACUGGAUAGAAGAUCCCGAUGCCUCUGCUGCCAUCCCAAACUGGGAGAAUGGCGUCUGUGAUGAGGAAGAUGGAGAAGGAACCAAUUCAGGACAGUUUGGCUACAGACUGGAGAGCAACUAUGCCAUACGCGCGUACCGCAAGCACUUUCUGGGCAGGGAACAUUUGAACUUCUACUGCACAGCCAGUAACCAUGGCAACCUUGUACUGUCCCUCAGACACGAGGAGGUGAAGGAGCAAGAGUACCUGCACAUCAUUCUCAGGACUCCAUCAAAGACAAUCUAUGACAGGAUCUCUUUGGCGGGCUUGACUGAGCUCCCCAGUGUCCCUCAGUUAGCAAAGCUACUAUGUGAAGACAUUGUAGGUCUGAGGUUUAGUCCUGUGCUGUACCCAAAGGGCUCUCAAUUAAUAGUGAAUUAUGAUGAGCAUGAGUUAAACAACACCUUCAAGUUUGGUGUCAUCUACCAAAAGUUUGGGCAGGCCUCAGAGGAGGAGUUGUUUGGGAACAAUGAAGAAACCCCAGCGUUUACAGAGUUCCUCCGAGUGUUAGGAGACUGUGUAGAGCUGCAGGACUUUAAAGGCUGCAUGGUGAGUAGGUUUCGAGGUGGUUUGGAUGUGUCUCACGGUCAGACAGGGUCUCAGUCGGUCUACACUGGGUUCAGAGCACAGGAACUCAUGUUUCACAUCUCCACCAAACUACCCUAUACUGAGGGAGACAUGCAGCAGGUCCAAAGGAAGCGUCACAUUGGGAAUGAUAUUGUGGCUGCAGUUUUUCAAGAGGAGCCCACGCCUUUUGUGCCUGACAUGAUCGCUUCCAAUUUCCUCCAUGCCUUUAUUCUAGUUCAAGUGGAAAACCCUGGAACAGAUGACACCACAUACAAGGUGUCUGUCACAGCACGUGAAGAUGUGCCACAGUUCGGCCCGCCGCUUCCCAGUCCACCCAUCUUCAAAAAGGGUCCAGAAUUCAGAGAGUUUCUGCUGACCAAGCUGAUCAAUGCAGAGCUGGCAUGCUACAGGUCAAGCCGAUUUGCCAAACUUGAGGAGAGAACACGAACAGAACUUCUAGAUAACCUUCACAAUGAGCUACACAAGCGCACACAGGCAAUGCUGGGUCAUCCUCUCAGCGCAGAGGAAGAGAGGAUGGAGAACGGAGGACAUGGAGGAAUACUGGAGUCUAUUAAGCGGGCGAUGCGCGUGCGCAGUCACUCUAUGGAGGCGAUGGUGGGCUCGCAGAAACACGGCCGCUGCUCUCCGGCAGGAGGAGGCGUGCCUACCAGCCUGAGCGGGGUCGGUCUGACACACAGCAACACUGAGGCUGCCAAGAACUCUUCUCCUGUGACGUCGAGCGCCAAGUCUCCUCUGAAGAGCCCGGUGAAGAGACGCUCAGGCCUGUUCCCACGGCUGCACACCAGUAUGGACGGCCAGCCAGAGCGCCACACACGCAGUGUCCUAAUUGAUCAAAGAAGUCUAGACAGUGGUCAUCUCUCACAGGAAGUGAGAUCAGAGACGUCGUCCAAUCCUAGCUCUCCAGAGAUCCUUAGCAAUGAGAGGCCAUCUCUCAAGCUGAAGGAAGUCAGUGGAAGACCAGAUAUCUCUCGAUCCUCCUCCAGCACCAGCAGCUUCAGCAGUGCUGCAGGAGACCCGGAGACUCUGGAGGAGAAAGAGCCUAGCAGCCUCCAGAUUUCUCCCAGUCUCUCGCCCGUCUUUGGCUCUCUGAGCACAGAGGGACAGGGCGCAGGGACGCCAGUGAUUAUGUGCCGCAGUCCGACAGAUUUUAGGAAUAAAACCUCACCCAGAUCCAAUCUGAAGUUCCGCUUUGACAGAUUGAGCCAGUCUGCUGCUGGACAUUAGCAAAGGGAAUGUCAAAGAUGACCAGAACCAUUAAAAUCAAUGGAUCAGCACUGAAGAUCAAACACUGUCGGGACCGAGAAGGGACCCAUCACUCAUCCUGUGCUCUCAAUCUGAACAUCACAGGAACAAGCACAUACAGUUAGCAUCUCCUCUAGUUUCUGUGGGUAGUUAACUGGUACUGAUUUGGCACAUUAAUUGAUUUUGCACAUUUUGAAGUCUUUCACUGUAAAAAUAAAUAAUAUAAUUAAUCCAAUAUCUUGUGAGUUAAUAAAAUGCAAACUUGGAUUAGCAGGUCAAUAAUAGUAUCUAUCCUCACUUAAUAGUAGAAAACAACACAUUUUAUUUUAAUUAACAAAAUUCCCAGCACCUGAAACAUUCCACAGUAUUUUGAGACUCACAUAAAUGAGCUUUAGCUACAGAAGGAUAUCAUUGCACAAAUUAAUUUCAUAACAAAUCUAAAAUGCACUAGAGUGGUCAAAAAUAAUACAAUAGUCUAGCACAACAUUGCUUUCCUCUGUAACUCUCACGCUUGUGCAAUCCCUGAAAAUCUGCCCUAAAAUCAGGCAUAGUUUGGAAAUGGUUUCAGCCUCUACUGUGUUCCCUGAAGAGUUAUUUAUAAUAUAUAUUAUUAGAAUAAAACUUGAAGUAUUAAAAAGUUUUUUUUUUUUUUUUUUUUAAUGAGUACUUCCGUAACUGAUGCCUAUGAAUAUUAGAAAACCUCCAAUCGCUCAUAUGUGUAUAUAUUUGUUGUGUAUAUUCAUGGAUUGAAACACAGAAGAAUAAACCUUUAUUGUCACAAACAGCUGAAAUGUGUGAAAAUGUGACACUUUUAGAGGGACUUCUCCAUUCUGGUCUUUUGGUAAAAAAUUAAUUUUUUGUUUCCUUAUAGUAUAAAUUGCUUAACAGAAAGAGCUGUGUUAAUUUAUUUCUCUAUGAUUGUACUGCUGUGUAAAGGUUUCUGUAUGGCAAUGUUGAUUUUGUUAAAUAAAAUAUUGUAUUUUGAA